UUUACUCAGCCGUGGGAGGAAAGCAACGUGGUUCUUAUGGUCGAAGGAGUAAAGUUUUACGUGCACCGUCUUAUUCUCAUUUUGAACUCACCAGUAUUUAAAAACAUGCUUGAACCUGGCCUCGAAGAAGCACCAACUGCUGAGAUUACUCUACCGGGAAAGGACGCCGAUGACAUAUUGAAUCUUCUCAAACAGUUGUAUCCACAAGAAAGAGAAGAAAUUUCAAGUAAGUUUUGAAAGGCUACAGUGUAACAAAUUUUAGAUAGCUGUAUUGUCAUGUUUUCUUCGUGUUAACUGAAAAAAUGAAUGCUCUUACGAAGAUGUGCCAACGGGCGUCGUAAGUGGUACUUUAUGGGCCGACUUAAUAGGCUUCCUUGGUAAAUAGAUGUGGCUUCUGUAGAUCACUAAUAUGAAUAAUUUUUCUUCAUGCUGAUGACCGCCCGUAAGUACGAGUAGAGUAUGGCGACAUAUAGUUAGCAGAGAUCGAGUGAAGUAAUGAUCAUCACAACUUCGAGGGUUUUGAGACCGUGCCUCCAAAUACUAUUUGGGUACCUUGUACUACCUACUGUGAUCAUUAGCUACGUAUAAAGAUAGUCUAAAUAAACCGCAUCAACGAUAAAACUUUACGAAUUUGCAGAACAUCGUUCUGGUCCAUUUAAGGAAGUUUGUGUCCCGUGUAGGAGAUAGCAAAAAUAAUUUUUUCCACAAUAUUAUUUUUUCUUUUCUGGUUACAUUGUUGAGCGGCUGUGAGUAAGAUUAAUCCACCACUUUGAUAUGAUUGAAUGUAAAGUUUAUUCUGCUACUUGUUUUAGUGGAAAAUGUGGAACACUUGCUCAAGCUUGCCGAAGAGUACCAAAUCAAGACAGUCCUUGACCUGUGUGCCAACUUUCUCAGAUGUGAGCCCAAAACGGAGGAUAAUGCCAUGAAAAUUCUGCUUCUUGCCCAGAAAUACAGGCUGAGCAAUGUGGAAGACGACUGCCGGAUUUUGCUGGCGCAACUGAGUCUACAAAGGCUGGAGAGAUAUCGAGAAUUCCCAGAUCUUAACAGCGAGAAUCUUCGCGCCAUUAUCCUCCCAAGAAUGAGAAGACUAGAGGGUGUUGUGAAAGAACUUAGCCCCCAAGUAUCAGGAAUGGUGGCCUUUACCUUGCGGUUAUGGAGCCAGGGGAGGAACGACGUAGCGUGGUGUCCUGUUCAUAUUCCGAAUGGAGAACCUCUUUUUAGCAUCAAAGAAUGCCUACGAACCUGCCCUGUUUGUAAAAAGGUGAUGGAAAGCUUAGCAUCGACUACCUCACAGGGGGAGAUGUACGAAGCGUGUAAGCCCUCAGAAUGCAGGAGUUCCUACACCGAUCACUUUGACAGUAAUUUUAACAGCGUCAUGAAGAAUUUGUUUGAUUUAGUUGAUUAA